ACCAUAUCUACAGAUAAAGAACAAAUUAAAGCAGAAAAUUCAAAUAUCACUACAAUGAUGGACUUUGUUCUUUUGGGGUUUUCUGAUACUCCCAAUCUCCAACGGACACUUUUUGGUGUAUUUUUACUCAUAUAUUUGACUAUCUUUGUGUGCAAUAGCAUCAUAAUAAUAAUUACAAAAAUUAACUCUGAUCUUCACACACCCAUGUAUUUUUUCCUUGGAAAUUUUUCCUUUUUAGAAAUCUGCUAUGUAACAGUAACUAUCCCAAGAAUGCUCAUGGACCUCUGGACUCAGAAAGGUCAUAUUUCUUUCCUUGCCUGUGCUAUACAGAUGGGUUUUUUCUUUAUAUUUGGAGGCACAGAGUGUCUCCUUCUGACAGUGAUGGCCUACGACCGCUACGUGGCCAUUUGUAACCCUCUCCAUUAUGCUCUGGUGAUGAACCACAAGGUCUGUAUCCAGCUGGUGGCUGCCUCCUGGAUCACUGUAGUUCCAGUUGCAAUCGGGCAAACAUGGAAGGUUUUCUCUUUGCCCUUUUGUGCAUCUCACACAAUUGAUCACUUCUUCUGUGAUGUCCCACCAGUCCUCCAGCUUGCUUGUGAUGACACAUUUGUGAAAGAGGCAGCAGACUUUGUAGUUGCAGAUACUGUGGUGUUCGUCAUGGCUCCUUUGCUGUUGAUUGGUGUCUCUUAUGUCAAAAUUAUCUCCAACAUUUUGAAAUUGUCAUCAGCCAGAGGGAGGUCUAAAGCAUUUUCCACCUGCUCUUCUCACCUGACAGUUGUGGUGUUAUUCUAUGGGUCAGCCACCAUCUCUUAUUUGCAACCCAAACCAAAUCAGUCUGAGGAAAUGGGGAAGUUAAUCUCUCUUUUCUACACCAUUUUGAUCCCAAUUUUGAAUCCAAUCAUAUAUACUCUGAGGAACAAAGAUAUCGAAAAGGCACUGAGAAAACUCCUAGCUAAGUUAUUACUGUGGUUU